AUGUUCCCAAAUUCCUCCAACUUGGAUUGUCCACCCUUCCCUCCAAAACAUCAUCAACAAAGUAAUUUCUUCAAUAAGCUUCCUCUAACUAUACCACUUACUAUUCUUUUUCACCAGCAAAUUAUUGAUGCUCAGUUUAACUUUCAGAAUGCAGCAGAAGUACAGCCUUUCAGUGGGAACCUUGCAACUAUUCCAGCUGUUAUACUGCAGCCCUUGACUUAUGGAAAUGGCAGUCCAGUGUAUAUGUUUGCAGCCCCCAUGUCAUUCCAAGGGAGAAAGAGGCUAAGUGAACGAAGUGUUCCAUAUGAUGCUAAACGGCAGCGGUUUCAUUCACCUCAAGCAACUGUAGUUAACCAAGCAGUGCCUUUACCAGAAGAAUGUUGGUAUUACUUCUCAGGACCAAUUCCAUCUCCGCUAUUCCAUGUGUAUUACCCACCAGAUUUAACUGGAUAUGUCCCUCUGUUGCAAGAUACUUCAUUUCCAGACCCUAUAGAAACCACGCUCCCUGUGGCAAAAGAUAAGUUAAGUCAGCAGGUUUUGGAGUUGUUUCAAGCAUGUCAGCAACAGGCCUGUGAUUUGAACAGAAAAGAGCUUUGCAGAAUGGAACUCCAAGGAGAAAUUCGGCGUAUUUUUCCACAGAGCAGACUCUUUUUGGUUGGGUCCUCACUGAAUGGAUUUGGCACUAAUAGCAGUGAUGGUGACUUGUGCUUGGUGGUUAAAGAAGAACCAGUAAAUCAGAAGACUGAAGCAAGGCUUAUACUCAGCUUAGUCCAAGAACUCUUCAGUACUGAACUUUCAGGCUACAUUGAACAAGCUCAGCUGAUUCAAGCAAAAGUGCCAAUAGUGAAGUUCAGGGAUAAAGUCAGCUGUGUGGAGUUUGACUUGAAUGUAAACAGUGUUGUAGGAAUAAGAAAUACAUUCCUUCUGAGAACUUACGCACGCAUUGAGAAUAGAGUUCGUCCGUUAGUACUGGCUGUUAAGAAGUGGGCGAGUUAUCAUGACAUAAAUGAUGCCAGUCGUGGUACUUUAAGCAGCUAUAGUCUUGUGUUGAUGGUUUUGCACUACUUACAGACCCUACCUGAACCCAUCCUUCCGUCCCUCCAAAAAAAUUACCCA